AUGGAUAGGUUCGAACGCGAGGUCACCCGCAUCUAUGCUGUCGAUCACUCCAAGCCGCCAUUGGGAGAGGGAAAGUCCCGGCCAAGCAACUUCUUCCCUGCCCGGAAUGUGGCAGACUCGCUCAGGCACAUGCGUGCAGCCUGCGAGAAUCUCGAGGCCGAGCUACAAGAGGACGGGAGGAUCUUUGAGCCUCUCGACGAUGUGUUCAUGUCACGUCAGCUCAUAGCAGCAGACUUCGACCUCGGCAAGACCACCGAGGUCGUCCGGAAGUACGUGGCGUGGCGACAGAGCAUUCGUGGAG